AUGCAAUUGAUCUUUGGAUUGCUAACCGCAUUUCUAGCGGCCACCACAGCAGUUGCCAGGAAGAACUCGGGGAAGACACCCGCUUCGAAUGAUACCUCACUCAAUCGUCCGUUAAUUCAUUUUACUCCAGAAAAGGGUUGGAUGAAUGAUCCUAAUGGCCUGUUUUACGACAAUGUCACCGACUUAUGGCACAUGUACUAUCAAUUUAAUCCUAAUGAUACAGUCUGGGGUCAGCCAUUGUACUGGGGCCAUGCUACUUCGAAGAAUUUAACCACCUGGACCCACGAAAAUAUUGCAAUCGGCCCAGACUCCGAUGAUGCAGGUGUGUUUUCCGGAAGUAUUGUCAUUGAUUACAACAACACUUCCAAUUUCUUUAACAGUAGCAUUAAUCCUGGUCAAAGGGUAGUAGCAUUCUACACCUACAACACUGCUGAAUCGCAAACUCAGUAUGUUGCAUACUCCCUAGAUGGAGGUUACACCUUCACAAAGUACUCUGGAAACCCUGUCUUAAACCUCAAUUCCACUCAAUUCAGAGAUCCAAAGGUGUUUUGGCAUGAUGAAACCGAAAAGUGGAUCAUGGUUCUUGCUUUAUCUCAAGAAUAUAAGGUUCAAAUCUAUAGCUCCGAAAAUCUCAAAGAAUGGGAACUGCAAUCCAAUUUCUCUCAUCACGGUAUCCUUGGCUAUCAGUAUGAGUGCCCUGGUCUAUCCAAAAUUCCAAUUGUGAAAUCAUCUGAUAGCAGCUUAAACUCUUCGAAUAGCACAUCCCCAGAUUAUAAGUGGGUUAUGUUCCUAUCUAUCAAUCCAGGCGCUCCUCAAGGUGGUUCUUUCACUCAGUAUUUCAUUGGUGACUUCGACGGUAAGAACUUCACGGCCGACGACCAUCAGACAAGAUUCUUGGAUUUCGGUAAGGACUAUUAUGCCUUCCAGGCAUUUGAUAACACACCUAAUAAUGAUGUCUUGGGUGUUGCAUGGGCCUCUAAUUGGGAGUAUGGUGGUUUUGUACCAACUUCUCCUUGGAGAAGCUCUAUGUCAUUGAUUAGAAACUUCACUUUACAGGAAUACCAUCCAAAUGGUGAGGCUACUGAAUUGAACCUAUUCAGUCAACCAGUUAUUGAUCAUGAUGUUUUAAAUGCAAACCAUACCAUACAUAAAGGUAACUUAACGAUUGGAUCAGGUAAAAACGUGACUUUUGACUUCCACAACAGCGCGACUGGAUUAGUCGAACUGAAUGUUACCUUCAAGGUGAACACUUCCAGCAUUCGCCCUCACGACUUCGUUGACCUGUCGUUUUAUUUGAGAGGAGCUUCCGAUCCUCAUGAAUACCUCAGGCUCGGAUAUGAAAACACAGCACCUGCCUUUUUCCUUGACAGAGGUAAUAGCAAGGUCAAUUUUGUGUCCAGUAAUCCUUUCUAUACUGACAAGACCUCUGUUAACUUCCUGCCUUAUUCUACAGAACUCAAUACCUACAAGAUCUAUGCCAUAGCUGAUAGAAACAUUCUAGAGGUUUACUUGAACGAUGGACUAGCGGUUUCAACCAAUACUUUCUUCUUUACUGAGGGCAAUCAUAUUGGAAGCAUCGAUGUUAUUGCAGGAAUCGACGGUGUUUAUGAAUUGGUUGAUUUCGAAGUCAAGCAACUAAGCGUUAAACAAUGA